UCAUUCAGCAUGGUUGGUAUGUUAAAAGGUCUCACUGAGCGCGUGUUUUUUUUUGUGCUAAACGCUUCGUUUUGAGAAUUAAGUCCAGUAAUCAGCAUAAAACAGCAUGUCCAAGCGUCGAAUUGAAGUAGGGGAGACCUACGGCAGCAAGGCGAAGAAGGAGACAGAGGCGUCCUCCUCGUCGGCGGCAGCCGCUGCCGGCACAGUGGCCCAGAUCCUGGGCGGAUUUGUGCCCAACAAGCAGCCGCCCACGAUGAACCCACUGACCAACACGCCGUAUUCGCAACGGUACCAGAAUCUCUACAAGAAGCGCAUUGCGCUGCCCGUAUUUGAGUACCAGGCGGACUUCAUGCGGCUGCUCAGCCAGCACCAAUGCAUUGUGCUGGUGGGCGAGACAGGCUCCGGCAAGACGACCCAGAUCCCGCAGUGGUGUGUGGACUUUGCAGUGUCCAAGGGGCGCAAAGGCGUUUCCUGCACCCAGCCACGUCGAGUUGCCGCCAUGUCCGUGGCCCAGCGCGUUUCGGAGGAGAUGGACGUUAAACUGGGCGAAGAGGUCGGGUACUCCAUUCGUUUCGAGGACUGCUCCACGGCCAAGACGCUGCUCAAGUACAUGACCGACGGUAUGUUGUUGCGCGAGGCCAUGUCUGAUCCUAUGUUGGAGCAGUACCAGGUCAUCCUGCUCGACGAGGCUCACGAGCGGACCCUGGCCACGGACAUCCUCAUGGGCGUGCUCAAGGAAGUCAUCCGUCAGCGCAACGACCUUAAGCUGGUGGUCAUGUCCGCCACACUGGACGCCGGCAAGUUCCAGCAGUAUUUUGACAACGCACCGCUCAUGAAUGUGCCCGGUCGCACACAUCCCGUGGAGAUCUUCUACACACCCGAACCAGAAAGGGAUUACCUAGAGGCUGCCAUUCGUACGGUCAUUCAGAUACACAUGUGUGAGGAAAUCGAGGGUGAUAUCCUUAUGUUCCUCACGGGACAGGAAGAGAUUGAGGAGGCGUGCAAGCGCAUCAAGCGCGAGAUCGACAAUUUGGGCUCUGAAAUUGGAGAGCUAAAAUGCAUUCCCUUGUACUCCACGUUGCCGCCCAAUUUGCAACAGCGCAUUUUUGAGGCGGCCCCACCGCCAAAUGCCAAUGGCGCGAUAGGACGCAAGGUGGUGGUGUCCACCAACAUCGCCGAAACCUCGCUGACCAUUGACGGAGUGGUGUUCGUGAUCGAUCCAGGCUUCGCCAAGCAAAAAGUGUACAAUCCUCGCAUUCGAGUGGAGAGUCUUCUCGUCUCCCCCAUUUCGAAAGCGUCUGCACAGCAGAGAGCCGGUCGUGCUGGACGUACGCGUCCUGGAAAGUGUUUCCGUCUGUACACGGAAAAGGCGUUUAAGAACGAGAUGCAGGACAACACCUACCCAGAAAUCCUGCGCUCCAAUUUGGGCACUGUGGUUCUGCAGCUCAAGAAGUUGGGAAUCGACGACCUGGUUCAUUUUGAUUUCAUGGACCCCCCUGCUCCAGAGACCCUGAUGCGUGCCCUGGAGCUGCUCAAUUAUCUGGCCGCCCUGGAUGAUGACGGCAAUCUUACGGACCUGGGCGCCGUUAUGUCCGAGUUUCCCUUGGAUCCGCAGCUGGCCAAGAUGCUGAUCGCCAGCUGCCAACACAACUGCUCCAAUGAAAUACUUUCCAUAACGGCCAUGUUGUCGGUCCCACAAUGCUUCGUUCGUCCCAACGAGGCAAAGAAAGCUGCCGACGAGGCCAAGAUGCGAUUCGCCCAUAUAGACGGAGACCACCUGACCUUGCUGAAUGUCUAUCACGCCUUUAAGCAGAGCAGUGAGGAUCCAAAUUGGUGCUAUGAGAACUUCAUAAACUUCCGAUCGCUGAAGAGUGCAGAUAACGUGCGCCAGCAGCUGGCUAGGAUCAUGGACCGCUUCAACUUGCGGCGCACGAGCACGGAAUUCACAUCAAAGGACUACUACGUAAACAUACGCAAGGCCCUCGUGCAGGGCUUCUUCAUGCAGGUGGCUCACCUGGAGCGCACUGGUUACUAUCUGACCAUCAAAGACAACCAGAACGUGCAGCUGCAUCCGUCGACGUGUCUCGACCACAAGCCCGAUUGGGUCAUCUACAAUGAGUUUGUGCUGACCACAAAGAACUACAUUCGCACUGUGACAGAUGUAAAACCUGAAUGGUUGUUCUCCCUGGCGCCUCAAUAUUAUGACUUGAAUAACUUCCCUCAGUGCGAGGCGAAACGACAGCUGGAGUUGCUACAGCAGCGGAUGGAGACCAAGCAAUACCAGAAGGGUUUUUAAGUCCCCAGAGUAUGGGUAGUUGUAAUAUGAGGAAGGGAUCAUGGAUGAUGAUAUGAGUGUGUGAAUUUUAGCAAGUUCUAAGAAAAAUAACCCGUUUGCUUUUUAUUGUUUGCUAACCUAAUUCAAGCACAUAGACACUUUAACAGAUCAUGAUAUCCAAGAACUCCGUUUAGUUAAUAGUGUUAAUAAAAAAGCCACUUUUUGUAUAUCUAAAAA